AUGGCGGCGUUACCAAUUCUAGUGUUAUUAGCAUUGGCAAGUGGAUUAAAUGCUUAUAAGAACCCACACUAUGCUCCGAAUAGAUCUGUCAACGUUCAUUUGUUUGAAUGGAAAUGGGAUGACAUCGCGGCUGAAUGUGAACGGUUUUUAGGACCUAAAGGAUUCGGAGGUAUUCAGGUAUCACCGCCAAAUGAGAACGUAGUUCUUCGUAAUAAUAAUCGGCCCUGGUGGGAGCGGUAUCAGUCAAUGUCAUAUAAAUUGGUGACAAGAUCUGGUAAUGAAGAACAGUUUAAAAACAUGGUCAGACGCUGUAACGCGGCUGGAGUUAGGAUUUACGUGGACGCCGUCAUCAACCACAUGACAGGAGAGCCAGUGGAGAAUGUAGGAACAGGGGGCAGUACCGCCGUAUUCCGUGAUUGGUACUACCCAGCUGUGCCUUACACCAGGGAUCACUUUAACUGGCCACCGUGCGGCAUUAAUGGAGAAGACUAUAAUAACAACGCGUGGAGGGUUCGCAACUGUGAACUGGUUGGUCUGAAGGAUUUGGAUCAGAGUAACGAACACGUCAGACAAAUGAUAGUCAAUUAUAUGAACAAACUCAUAAGCCUUGGUGUGGCUGGAUUCAGAAUCGACGCAGCCAAACACAUGUGGCCGGAAGACAUGCGAGUCAUUUUCAGCAGACUCCACAAUCUGAACACUGACCACGGCUUCGCUCCCAACUCCCGUCCAUAUAUAUACCAGGAGGUGAUUGACUACGGUGGUGAGGCAGUCAGUAGGGACGAAUACACACCCAUAGGAGCUGUGACCGAAUUCAAAGCUGGUUUGGAACUAAGUAAUGCCUUCAGAAGAAACAAUCAACUGAGAUGGCUCUCUACUUGGGGUCCGCAAUGGGGUUUGCUAGCUAAUGGUGACGCUUUAACGUUUAUUGAUAACCAUGAUAAUGAAAGAGGUCAUGGAGGCGGUGGGGGGUUAUUAACGUACAAGGAGCCACGAGCGUACAAGGCGGCUAUAGCAUUCCUCUUAGCCCAUCCAUAUGGUGAACCACAGAUAAUGAGCAGUUUUCACUUCUUGGACUCCGAAGUUGGACCACCGAUGGACUAUAACCAGAAUAUUAUAUCACCUUCAAUCAAUUCCGAUGGAUCUUGCGGCAACGGCUGGGUCUGUCAGCACCGUUGGAGACAGAUCUACGCGAUGGUGGGAUUCAGGAACGCGGCUGGCAACACUGGCAUCAACGAUUGGUGGGACAACGGCUCAAACCAAAUCGCUUUCUGUCGCGGAAAUAGGGCUUUUAUCGCUUUUAAUAAUGACAACUGGAGUUUAAAUCAGAAUUUACAGACCUGUCUGCCAGCUGGUACUUACUGCGACGUGAUCUCGGGAGAUAAAGUGAACAACUCCUGUCGUGGUAAAACAGUGAAUGUGGAUAGUAACGGUCGCGCUAACAUUAUACUCGGCAACAAUGAGUACGACAUCAUGAUGGCCAUACAUGUUGGACCAGAGGUAAAAAAUCAUUAUUAA